AGAAGAAGAGCAGAAGAAGAAGAAUGCAGGCAGGAAGGCUCCACCUCAGUGGACUGAUCACCUGAACUGAUUUCAGGUGUGCUGCAGGCUGGUGUCAGAGUGCAGUCUGAGGAGGAGAAAGGGUUCUCUUGUUUUAUUUUUUUUUCAUUAUAUGCUAACAAUAUACAUAUACUUCCUGUCAGUAUGUCAGGUCCUAUUGACAACAGAAGCUUAGAAACAACCAGCAGAGGACCCUGCUCCAAAGCUUUUAAGCUUUAUCGCACUCUGGCCCGAAAGAAGCCUCUGGACCCAGAAGGUGAGGAGUCCAACUUGUGCCGAUGCCUGACCACCCUGGAUCUUGUGGGUCUGGGUGUCGGCAGCACCCUUGGAGCUGGGGUUUACGUGCUGUCAGGGGAGGUGGCGAGAGAGGUGGCUGGACCAAGCAUCAUCCUCUCCUUCCUGCUGGCAGCUGUGGCUUCAGUCUUCGCAGGACUGUUUUACGCCGAGUUCGGAGCCCGAGCGCCCAAAACGGGCUCGGCCUACCUGUACACCUAUGUGACUAUAGGUGAAAUGUGUGCGUUUGUUACAGGCUGGAACCUGUUACUGUCGUAUGCCAAUGGAACAUCUAGCAUGGCGAAAGCUUGGAUCGGGACUUUCGAUGACCUGGUAGACAACGUCAUUGGAAAAACUCUGCAGCAACAUGUAAUGAUGGAUAUUCCUGGCUUGGCCUCAUACCCAGACUUCUUUGCUGCUGCACUCAUUAUGUUGCUGGCUGGCAUACUUACAUAUGGCGUGAGGGAGUCUUCGAUCCUGAAUACCUUUUUUACUGUUGUUAAUGUAGCAGUGUUGCUUUUUAUCAUCAUCUCCGGUUUCAUCAAAGGUGACCUCAACAACUGGCGCACUUGUAAAAAGGAUAUCUUCAAUGUUACCCAGCAAAUGGAGAACCACACAGCAGCCCAAAAUGAAACAGUUGACAUUGGUAUCGGCGGGUUCUUCCCCUUUGGUUUAGAAGGAACACUGGCCGGAGCAGCGACCUGUUUCUAUGCUUUUGUUGGGCUUGACUGCAUUGCCACAACAGGCGAGGAAGUAAAGAACCCUCAGAAAUCGAUACCUCUUGGGAUCGUGGUGUCACUGCUCAUCUGCUUCUUGGCUUAUUUUGGUGUCUCAGCUGCCCUGACACUAAUGAUGCCCUACUAUCUCCUUGACAUCAGCAGUCCACUGCCAGUUGCUUUUGAGUACAUUGGCUGGGAACCAGCAAAGUAUGCUGUGGCUGUAGGAUCUCUGUGUGCACUUUCAACAAGCCUUCUCGGGGUGAUGUUUCCUAUGCCCCGGAUGAUGUUUGCUAUGGCCAGAGAUGGUCUCCUGUUCAAGCCGCUGAGCUACACAAGCUCCAGGCAAAGUCCAGUUUUAGCCACACUGUCUGCAGGAGCUGUUGCUGCUUUCAUGGUUCUCUUAUUUGAUCUAAAGGCAAUGGUUGAUAUGAGUUCAAUUGGGACCAUUUUUGCAUAUUCACUGGUUGCAGUGUGUAUACUUAUAUUGAGGUACAAAGAAGACACUAAUUUGGUCCAUAGACCAGAACCAGUCUCAAUAAGCGGCCUCUUCAGGCCUCCAGAUCAACCAACUCACCGCACUUCUAAAAAUGUCAGGAUAACCAUGGUCGUCAUGUUGGUCUUGGUGAUAGUUUUGAGUGUACUGCUAAAUGAAGCCAUGGAUAGCCUCCGACGGCAGGAGAUCUGGAGUAUUGUGGUUGUCUUUGUCCUCGUGCUGAUGCUGAUUUUCACAGUCAUCAUCAUCUGUAGACAGCCACAGAACACAACUCAGGCUGCUUUUAUGGUUCCUGGUGUACCUGUGCUUCCAAUAAUAAGUAUCUUCAUCAACACGUACCUGAUGGUUCAACUUGGAUCUGAAACAUGGAUUAGUUACUCUGUUUGGAUGGUAGUGGGCCUGAUCAUAUACUUUGGAUACGGGAUACGUCACAGUGUCCAAAAACAAAGACAUCAGGAGAUGCACACUCAGCCUAAUGUAGUUCAUGUGAUCCAAAUUGUUGAUUCUGCUGCUUGAUAUUAAAUUAAGCCUAGGUCUUUAAAGAUUUAUAUGUCCAUGAAAUGCUUGAGGUGAUCAAAAAAUCACCUUUUUAUAUUUUUAUUCCUGCUCUAGAGUUGGACUGACCUGGUGUCAGUCUGGUCGCUCAUUUGAUGCAUGUUUUAAUGCUAAUGUUUAAAAACCAAUUUUAAUAAAGCAUUGCAAAGCAAUGCAAAAUUGACAUCUUGUUUAUCAUUUUAUCCUUUGUGGCCUGAUCAGUCAUUUAAAGGGUUUUAUUUGACAGUGACAAAUUUUAUGACAUGGAUUUGUAAAUUUUAUUGAAAAAAUUAAAUAAAUUUUUAGAAACGAUCAA